UCAGUCAUCCAAAGAAACGCAAGCAAGCAAGCAAGGCUAUGUCCCAAGUAAAGUAGCAACCCUGCUGCAUCAUCCACUGCCAUGAUUUCUCAGCAACUCUUCCUCACCCACACUCUCCUCCACCCCACUCCCCCUCGCCCGCUCACUCUCCCCCACCUCAGUAGAACCCUAACCCCCGCUCUCCACUCCUCCAAACUGCCAUCCCCAAUCUCUUGCAUUUCUAAGACCCAACCCAUGGAGAUCGAGACAGAGAUGUUUAAAAACAAGGAUGGCGUGUACACUGCCAACCACCACCACAAGGUGGCCGUUCUCUGGGAUCUCGACAACAAGCCGCCUACAGGCCCACCCUAUGAUGCCGCCCUCGCCCUUCACAAUGCCGCAUCUCGCUUUGGCGACAUCUGCCACUUUGCAGCCUUUGCCAAUCGUCACGCCUUCUCUCACCUCCCGAAUUGGGUACUCGAGAAAAGGCGCGAGCGCAAACAGCUCGACAUCCUUGAGCGCAAGGGGCUCUCUAGCUCCGAAUCGCCAUACAUUUGUGGGGUCUGUGGCCGCAAGUGCACGACCAAUAUCGACCUAAAGAAGCACUUCAAGAACUUGCAUCAGAGAGAGAGGGAGAAGAAGCUUGGGAGGAUGAGAUCACUUAAAGGAAAGAAGAGGCAAAAAUAUAGGGAGAGGUUUAUUAGUGGGAACCUAAAAUAUGAUGAGGCAGCAAAGGAGUUACUGACACCAAAGGCUGGGUAUGGUUUGGCGUCAGAGCUGAGGAGAGCUGGGGUUUAUGUGAGGACGGUGGAGGACAAGCCUCAGGCCGCGGAUGCUGCAUUGAAGAGGCAGAUGCAGCAUUGUAUGGGGAAUGGGGUGGAUUGUGUUUUGCUCGUAUCUGACGACUCUGAUUUUUCAGAGAUGUUAAGGCGAGCGAGGUCCAUUGAUCUUCAGACUGUAGUUGUUGGUGAUGGAGGGGCAUUGAGGAGGCAUGCGGAUGUGUGGAUGUCAUGGAGGCAUCUACAGAGUGAGCUUUGUGGCUUUGAUGGCGAGGGCUCCAUGCAUAAUUUGGAUUUUGAGGAGUCUGAUUAUGAGAGUGAGAGUGAUGGAUUGGAUGGAGUGGAAGUGUUGAGAUCUGGGUUUAGUGUAAGUGUUUCAGGUUUUUCAGGGAUGGAUGUGGAGUUUGAUGAGCGAAAUGGGUUUCGGAUACUGGGUCGGUCGGUUGAGGAUUUGGGGUGGGAGAGUGACGAGGAGAUGGACUUCUUCUAAUUAUAAUUGUCCGGUGUGAAGGUAAGAGACGGGCAACUUGAUCCUUCGUUUAAUACAAUGUGUGUCCCAACUGUUUGUAGAAAUUCUUAUAUUCUAGAUGCGUGUUGUUCUGAGAGGAUGGAGGGUUGUUACUUAUGUUGGAGCUGUGAAUGUACCCAUGUGAAUUACUAGGUCCCACUAAGCUGAAACAGGAGUGAGCAUUUGUUUUUACGUGCAUUUUAUGGAAGUUUGUAUCAUAAUCUUAAUAAUAAGACUAUUAGUGAAUAUUCACUACAUAUAUGUUCUUGGAUUUACUC